UCACACCCCAGACUCAAAUAUGCAAACGCCGGGCUGCAGCCCUCCCGUUCUCUUCCCCGACAAUUACACGAGCUAAACCAGGCAUUUAAAAAAAAAAAAAAAAGGGGAAAAAUGAACUUAUCAACGAGAAAACAGAAUACAUAGAGAAGGGAAAGUCAGGAACGUUACCUCACAGAAAGCAGAUUUCUAGAGGGAGUGGAUUUGUCUUGAAAAUGGCGAUUCCUUUGCCGGAAUUACAGAGGAGAGAGGGGGCAGUGCUACCGUCGAGUUCGUUGAGUGCAGCGUCUUUUGGAGGUUGCUCAACGGACUCCGAAGGCAAGUCUCCGAUUCUGAUAUUCUUCUUGUUUCACAAGGCGGUCCUCAAUGAGCUCGAUUCGCUCCACCGUCUGGCCAUGGCUUUGGCCACUGGCCACCAGGUCGACAUUCAUCCUCUUUUCCAACGUUAUCGCUUCCUUAGAUCGGUUUAUACGCACCACUCCUAUGCCGAAGACGAGGUUAUCUUCCCAGCUUUGGACAUACGUGUUAAAAAUGUGGCACAAACGUACUCUCUUGAACACAGUAGUGAAAGUAAUCUUUUUGAUCAUGUAUUUGAGCUGCUAGAUUCUUACAUGAAAAAUGAUGAAAGCUUCCCAAAGGAGUUAGCUUCUUGUACAGGAGCACUACGGACGUCAAUCAGCCAGCACAUGGCAAAAGAGGAGGAACAGGUCUUUCCCUUGCUUAUUGAAAAGUUUUCACUUGAAGAACAAGCAUCACUUGUAUGGCAGUUCUUAUGCAGCAUUCCUGUGAAUAUGAUGCAAGAAUUCCUUCCCUGGCUUUCAUCCUCUAUUUCAUCUGAUGAAUAUCAGGAUAUGAGGAAGUGCUUAAGUAAGAUAGUUCCAGAAGAAAAGAUUCUUCAGCAGGUUAUCUUCACCUGGAUGGAAGGAAGGAAUGGUGCUGCCAUGCUGGGAAGCUCAGUAGAUGAUUCUAACGUCCAAUGUUGCUUAGGUUCUGCUGCCAGCACAUUAACUGCACCAUUGGACACUGUAAUAUGUGCAUGUGGAGCACCCAGCAGUGGAAAAAGGAAAUAUUUAGCAACUAAUAAUGAUGUUCUUGAGACUGAUGGAACACAUCCAAUGAAUGAAAUAUUGCUUUGGCAUAAGGCUAUUGAGAGAGAGUUGAAUGAUAUAGCUGAGGAGGCUAGGAAAAUUCAAGUCUCUGGAGAUUUCACUAACUUAUCAGUCUUCAAUGAGCGAUUGCAAUUCAUUGCUGAAGUGUGCAUCUUUCAUAGUAUUGCAGAGGAUAAAGUCAUAUUCCCUGCAGUUGAUGAGGAAUUGUCAUUCUCCCAGGAACAUGCUGAGGAAGAAAGUCAAUUCAAUGAAUUUAGGUGUUUGAUUCAGAGUAUACAAGAUGCAGGAGCAAUGUCUACUUCCAUUGCUGAAUUUUUUCCCAAGUUAUGCUUGCAUGCUGAUCAAGUUAUUGAAACUAUAAGGAGGCACUUCAAUUCCGAGGAAGUUCAGGUGCUCCCACUUGCACUGAAGCACUUUAGCUUUGAGAGACAGCGUGAACUUUUGUAUCAAAGCUUCUGUGUGAUGCCCUUGAGAUUGAUUGAGCGUGUCCUCCCAUGGUUGAUUGGAUCAUUGACUGAUGAUGAAGCCAGGAAUUUCCUUAAAAACAUGCAGUUGGCAGCUCCAGCAAUAGAUACUGCUCUGGUUACACUUUUUACUGGUUGGGCUUGCAAGGGUCAUAACCAGGGCAUAUGUGUGUCUGCAGAUGGCUGUGGUUGCUGUCCUGUUAAAAAGUUCAGGGAUAUUGAAGAAGAUUUUGUUAGAUCAUCUUGUCCAUGCACUUCAGCAUCUCACGAAGAUGAAGCCAAAAGGCCAGCCAAGAGAAACAUUGUUUCAUGUAGAAACAGCAAUACUUCUGAACCCCUAGACACUGCAAAUGCCUGUAAAACAUUGUCUAGUGAAAGGUCAUGCUGCGUGCCAGGUUUAGGUGUAAAUAGUAAUAAUCUAGGGAUGAGUUCUCUUUCAACAGCUAAAUCUUUGCGGUCCUUGUCUUUUAGCUCCUCUGCUCCAUCUCUAAAUUCCAGUCUUUUUCUCUGGGAAACAGAUAAUGGCUCUUCUGAUUUUAGGUCUGCAGAGAGACCCAUUGAUAUUAUCUUCAAAUUUCACAAAGCCAUAAUCAAAGACUUGGAGUAUCUGGAUGUUGAAUCUGGAAAGCUAAGUGACUGUGAUGUGACAUUCCUCCGCCAGUUUAUUGGAAGAUUUCAUCUGUUAUGGGGUUUUUACAGAGCCCAUAGUAAUGCUGAGGAUGAAAUUGUUUUUCCAGCAUUGGAAUCUAAAGAGGCACUUCAUAAUGUUAGUCACUCAUACACACUAGACCAUAAGCAGGAGGAAAAAUUAUUUGAAGACAUUAAUGGUGUUCUUUCUGAGCUUUCACGCCUUCAUGAAAGCUUACCCAGAGGUCAUUUUGCACAGGAUCUAACUGGAAGUAGCCCUGAAGUUUCUGCUGCUCAUGGCAGUGAUUGUAUGAGGAAGUAUAAUGAACUAGAAACUAACCUACAAGGAAUGUGCAAAUCUAUAAGAGUUACUCUAGAUCACCAUAUUUACAGGGAAGAACUGGAGCUUUGGCCAUUGUUUGGAAAACAUUUCUCUAUUGAGGAGCAAGACAAAAUAGUUGGCCGCAUAAUUGGGACAACAGGUGCAGAAGUUCUUCAGUCGAUGUUGCCAUGGGUGACUUCUGCCCUCACUCAGGAUGAGCAAAAUAAAAUGAUGGACAUAUGGAAGCAUGCGACCAAAAACACAAUGUUCAAUGAAUGGCUUAAUGAGUUCUGGAAAAGACCUGAAUCGCAGAAUGAGACAUCAGAAUCUAGCAUUUCUCAGCAAGGUAAUGACUUCCAAGAGAGUUUGGACCAAAGUGAUCAAAUGUUUAAGCCAGGGUGGAAAGAAAUUUUUAGAAUGAAUCAAAAUGAACUUGAGUCUGAGAUCAGAAAGGUCUACCGAGACUCAACACUUGAUCCGAGGAGAAAAGCUUAUCUUGUUCAAAAUCUUCUGACUAGUCGCUGGAUAGCUGCUCAACAAAAGUUACUGCAAGCAUCAUCCGGUGAAACUUCUAAUGUUGAAGAAAUAACAGGAUGCUGUCCAUCAUUCCGAGAUCCUGAGAAGCAAGUAUUUGGGUGUGAGCACUACAAAAGAAACUGCAAGCUUCGUGCUGCUUGCUGUGGCAAGUUGUUUACCUGCAGGUUUUGCCAUGACAAAGUCAGCGAUCACUCAAUGGAUAGGAAAGCAACCACAGAGAUGAUGUGCAUGAGCUGCCUACAAAUUCAGGCUGUUGGGCCAAUAUGCACCACUCCUUCUUGCAAUAGACUCCCAAUGGCAAAGUACUAUUGCAAUAUAUGCAAGUUUUUGGAUGAUGAAAGGACUGUAUAUCACUGCCCAUUUUGCAAUUUAUGCCGUGUUGGGAAAGGUCUUGGCAUUGAUUAUUUCCAUUGUAUGACAUGCAAUUGUUGCCUGGGUAUAAAGUUGGUGAACCACAAGUGCCUGGAAAAAAGUUUAGAAACAAAUUGUCCAAUCUGUUGCGAUUUUCUAUUCACAUCAAGUGCAACAGUCAGAGCUCUACCUUGUGGCCAUUACAUGCAUUCAGCUUGUUUCCAGGCAUACACUUGCAGUCACUACACCUGUCCUAUUUGCAGCAAAUCCUUAGGAGAUAUGGCAGUUUACUUUGGCAUGCUUGAUGCAUUGCUGGCUGCUGAAGAACUUCCAGUGGAAUAUAGAGAUCGUUGUCAGGACAUACUUUGUAAUGAUUGCGACCGAAAGGGCACAGCACGAUUCCACUGGUUGUAUCAUAAGUGUGGAUUUUGUGGUUCUUACAACACUCGGGUGAUCAAGAGCGAUGCAGCAAUCCCAGACUGUCCCUCAUCACACUAAUGGGGAGGUUUUUGUUUAUUUAUUUAUUUUUUUCUCUUCUUCAAAAAGGUAAAGUCAUUACUUUGUACAUAUUUUGUAUAGCCAAUUCAAUUUUCCAAAGGAGGCGGCUAUUUCCCCAAAUAUUUCCAUACGUGAUCAAGCAUGUCUCUCGGAGAGUUGUCUUUUGUGGGUUUGGGUUCAUCAAGAGCAUGCAGAUAGUUGUAGAAGCUACAUGGUAACAAAAUGAUGUAUAGAGAUUUUUGCUUCACGAUAUUACAUACAAUAGAAUUAUACAUAAUCU